CACACACACACACACAGAGACAACCACUUUUCAUUAACCACCGGUCCGGGAAUGGAUUCUAGGCUUCUGAUUGGACCAGGGGUCCCCACAUCGGACCCGACCGCCCGGGCGCCCUGGAACAUCAGCUCCAUCGGUCCUCACCGGCUCAUGGAAAUGUCUCCUGUCUCGACAGCUGGUUCCGUGCUUCCAACCCACUUAUUUCCAACCGUGGACGUCCCAGACCACGCUCACUACACCAUCGGUGUUGUCAUCCUGGUUGUGGGCAUCACAGGCAUGCUGGGAAACUUCCUAGUUAUAUAUGCUUUCUGCAGGAGUCGCAGCUUGCGGACACCGUCCAACAUUUUCAUUAUUAACCUGGCAGUCACAGACUUCCUCAUGUGUUUUACUCAGACACCAACCUUCUUCAUCAACAGCAUGCACAAGCGAUGGAUCUUUGGAAAGAAAGGUUGUGAGAUGUAUGCCUUCUGCGGAGCGCUGUUUGGUAUCUGCAGUAUGAUGACAUUGAUGGUUAUAGCGGUGGACCGGUAUAUGGUGAUCACCAGGCCUCUGGCCUCCCUUGGGAUGAUGUCUCGCAGGAAAGCCCUGGGCAUCCUGGCUGCUGCCUGGGUCUACUCUGCAGGAUGGAGCCUCCCCCCCUUCUUUGGCUGGAGUGCUUAUGUCCCAGAGGGUCUGAUGACGUCGUGUUCCUGGGACUACAUGACGUUUACCCCGUCUGUCCGCUCCUACACCAUGCUGCUCUUUACCUUCGUCUUCUUCAUCCCUCUCUUCAUCAUCAUCUUCAGCUACUGCUGCAUCUUCAGAGCCAUCCGACACACGACGCGAGCGAUAACAAAGAUCAGUUGUGAGGGAACCAGAGACUCAGCAAAGAGGUUCCAUAAAAUGAAGACUGAGUGGAAGAUGGCCAAGAUUGCUCUCAUCGUCAUCCUGCUAUUUGUUAUCUCCUGGGCCCCUUACUCCUGUGCAGCCCUCACUGCAUUCGCUGGGUACGCCGAUAUGUUGACUCCGUAUAUGAACUCUGUUCCUGCUGUGAUCGCCAAAGCAUCCGCGAUCCACAACCCCAUCAUAUAUGCCAUAACACAUCCCAAAUACAGGUCAGCUCUCGGCAGGUAUAUUCCCUACCUCGGGGUAUUGCUGUGUGUCACUAGCAGAGGCCGUUUCAGCAGCAGCAGUUUUCAGUCCACGCGCCGAUCGACCCUCACCUCCGAGACCAAAGGCAAGCCGCGCAACUCCUCCCUGUCUGAGAGCGAAUCAGCCCGCUUCUCAGACAUGGAGGAGGACUGCUCUUCAUGGACGCCUGCCAGUCGUCAGUUGUCCGGUGACGUUAAACAGAUGCGCCAUCUCAGCCAGAGGACAAAGGUGAGAGGUAACAACACGGGAGAGUUUGCGAGAACUGCCGCCCACCACCCCACUGACCCGGCCAUAUGUCACCUCUCACAGAUCACAAGUCUGAGAGAGCCUGAAGACAUCUCCAUGUCGGACAUCAGCCUGAAGCCGACCAGUCAUCUUCCUGCUACUCUUGACAACGUGAUGGAAGAGUCCAGGCCAAGGCCUGCAUGUAAGACAACGGCAUCCGUCAUUGUAACCUCCUUAUCCAGCCCGUCUAUACUGCAUCGUUCCCCCAACCAAGGAGCCCCUUGACAUAGCAAGGCUGGAGACCACAGCGUUACAUUAAACAGGUGGACAAAAGUGCAACAACUCUCUGUGUGUGUGUGUGUGUGUGUGUGUGUGUGUGUGUGUGUGUGUGUGUGUGUGUGUGUGUGUGUGUGUGUGUGUGUUUCAAUAUUUCCUUCCAUGGGACUUUUUUGUACUUUUAUGGUAACUCAAAACCAGAGGAUGCAUUUUAUUAUUAUGUUUUGCGUACAGAGUAUGUGAGUAUGUGAGCGUGAAUGCCCAGUAACUGUAAAUACAUGUGUUUGUGUUCGUGUUUGCAUAUAUACAUGUAUGUUUUACUUUUUCUGACAUAUCAUGGUGGUUGGAGAUGGUUUACCUCAGAGCCGGAGGCAACAAAUAAGCCUUAAAAACACAAUGUGAAAAUUUUAAUCUCUCGGGUUGGGUAUCGAUUACAUUUGUAUUAAUUGGUAGUUCAGAUACAUGUCAUAUUAUUUUAGUAGAAGAAAUCAAAAUAUGUCUUUUUUUUAAAGUCUUGUUGCCAUACAUGAAUUCAGUGUAAUAAUACAUUACCAUUAACUAACUAUUAUCUCAUUCUGGUGCAAUAUGUCUACAACUGGGGCCGUGAUGAGUUGAUGAGCCAUAUUUUGAACACUACAUGCGUUAAUGCAUACGUAGAGAAAACAGAAGCGCAGUAGGCCCAUACUUUGUCCAUUCUUUCAAGAAGCAUACUUUUUAACUAAUCUCUUUCUCUUUGUAUGAAAUUAUUUCUAAGUCUGAACCUAUUCUCGAUACCCAACCCUCUUUAUAUUGUUUACGUUUUUCUUUUUAUUGUCAUAUACCCAAAAAUACUGAUUUUAAAGAUGCAUUGAACAGUAUUUUCUAUGUUAACAUUGAAUCAAAUGACUCCUGGAAGUGGUUGCACUACUGAUCCCACUGAGAAUCAACACCCUACUUUUUAAACUAUGUGCUGAUUUAGGCCACUUUAAACUCGUUGUUUUGGUUCUGAAAGAACUUAAACCGUGCUGCUUAUUAUAAAAGUGUGAGCAGCUCCCGGCAUAGGAGUGAGCACAGUCUAACUGCACUUAUACAACGUGAAGAGGGUCAAAGUCAACAAGUAACUGGUAAAGAAAGUCACACAUUUAGCGUG